UGUAAACAAUAUGGCGUCCGGGAUGCAGGUGCUUGCUAAUUAACGUCUAAUUAAAGUUCAUUCUUUGACAUUUCAUAUCCUGUAUAAUGGCUUUAGUUAAGAGAAGAGAGUAUCCAGUUCGAAGAUGGCACAGUGCAAAAGCCAGCACUAGCAAUGUCCUUUUGCCCAGAAUAGAGAAACCGCCAGCAAUCGACUAUGAAAAACUGAGAGAGCUGUGUGGUAUUGAUGGACUAAAGGAUAUGCAAAAUGGUGUUCUACAGACAACAGAAGAAGCACACCAGUCAUUUAUGGACAACUACAAAAAUGUUUUUGUGAAAAAGCCCAAAAAGUUGGGCUUUCCUAUCCACUCAGAGAACAGAGAACAUCAGAAGUCUUUACAAAGCCUUACAGUUACACAAAAUGCCACAGGAAAAACUAGUACAGAGAAAGUGGACAAAUCUAAAACAAAGAAGGAAUGGCCCAUAGACGCAAUCACCCAUGAUGUUAGAGAUUACCUGCCCUUGCUGCACAAACAGAGAAAGAUUGAAGACCCGGAGUUGAUACGGCUGGAGAAUCUGAAAACUCUCAGAAGAAUAUCAAAGAAACUGCCGUUUCAGAGGACUGCCGCUGACAAUGACCGGUUGUUCAACAUCUUGCGAACAUUCUCAUACUUCAAACAGCACAUUCCCGACCAUGUGUUGAAAGAGCUGUGUGUGGUUGCUGUCCAUGAGACAUGGAAAGACCCAGACUUUACUAUAUUUGGGAAUACAGGCCUACACAUGGUGCUUCAGGGGACAGUGACAGCCCUUACUGACCCCUACCUUAACGAGGAUGACGGGGCCAUGCUCCGAUCCCCUACACCCCUCCUGCCCACUGAAACAGAAAUUACACUGGGUGCAGGUGAGUUCUUUGGCACCCUGACGAAAGUGGAGGGAAGGGACAUUGGGUCAAAGGUUUACAGUGUGGUUACCAAAGAUUCCAAUUGCGAAUUUCUAAAAGUAACAGCCAAGGAUUAUGCAAGAGUGAUAGAGCAAAUUCGGCAGCGUGAGCACACGGAGAAGGUGAAUCUGCUCCUGUCAUGUGGACAGUAUAAGCUCUGGCCCCGCCAGCCCCUCCUCAAGGUUGCCGAGCUCAUUGAGUGGAUACACUACCCUCCAAACACAGUACUUGCCAGUGAGGAAUACAAGGCUCCGUAUGUGGCACACAUAAAAGAAGGGACAGCAGUUAUUAUCAAACAGAUCAAUGUGGUCAUCCAUGUGCCUGGGGGCAAAAAGGAGAAGCGCACGAAGCAGGUUGUGAUGGGAAGACUGGGACCGUCCGAGUCUUUUGCUGAGCUUAGUGUGCUAAUGAAGGAGCAGAUCACUUGUUCGGUCGUAACGGCAACCAAGAUGACUCUCGGGGUUAUACGACCAGAGAAAAUUAAAGAUCUAGAUGAAACUACAAUCAAACUAUUCAAGCAGUCCAGCAAUAGAACUUUUGGAGAUCUUACAAAGGAUGAGAUCCAGAGUGAAUACAUGAAGCAGGAACUGAAGCGCGAGUGGAACGAGUUCAAACAUGGCGUCCUCCUAGAUGUCAUCAACUCCAAGGGCAUCCGGCCUGGAUACGGAAAAUGGGCUAAAUGAGAACAGCCUGCUGUGUGUUGGGGAUUCCAGGUGAUAAUAACAACUGUGAUAUGGAUUUUACACCACAUGCUCUUACAUUCAAUAACUUCCUUUGAGGAUAAGAUGUUGUGUUCUUUACCACUGUGAUAUAGAUGUUACAUUCACUGGCUGCAUUGCAGUAUCAGUUCUGUGAUUGAUAUUUUGAUAGAUCAAAUAAUUGUGAAAUGGAUUAUACUGUGACUCUGUGAGUAACAACUGUGGUCAUACAGGUAUUGGACCUUUAAUACAUGUACAUCUGACAUGGAUUGGAAAUUCAUAUUCUUGAAACCAACCAGGGGCCAUAUUCAAUAAGCAACUUAGAUUGAACUUUAAUUUAAGAUUAGAAACUAAGUGUUUUCAGCUGGCCAAUAGGCUGAAUGGAAUCACUGAGGAAUGUAAAAGGAUAAGUUCAGUAUUGAAUACUGGCCCUGUUGUUGAAAAAGUUGUGUGUACCUUGUUUUCACUGCCAGUGAAUCAAUACCUUUAUUUAUAUGUAUUCGAUACUUGUUGUAUAACCCGUUAUGUUUGUGAUUCUAAAUGCCUCUGAACGUUCUUGGUUAAUAUACACACUAGACAUUUUGAUCUAGCCACAUUUUACAGGUAACAUUAUUGAUUUUGUUACUUAUUAAAUCUAGAUUUUGUACAAAGAAAUAAAGAACAAAAG